GAGUAGGAAAACAAGAUGGCUUUCCCCGCAAAGCAAUAUGGGCUGCUCUUACCACAGAAGAAAGGGCUGAUUAAAACAACAAACCUGCAAAAACCUUCUGUGUUUGCUGAUGACUCGGACAAUGAGUCUCCAUUUGGGGAAGUUCUGCAAAGAGAAUCCCUCAAAAAGAGAACAAUGAAGCAGACUCAACUGGAGAUGCAGAAAGCCCUCGAACAGGACAGCACUGUGUAUGACUAUGAUGCUGUCUAUGAUGACAUCGUAAAACAGAGACAUGAGAGCAACAGGAAAGUCCUGGGAGGAGCUGAGAAAAAGUCGAAAUACAUCCCUCACUUGAUGAAAGCAGCAGAGGACCGAAAAAAAGAACAAGAACGAAGAGAUGACCGCAAAAUUCAGAAGGAAAGGGAGGCAGAGGGAGAGAAAUUUGCAGAUAAGGAGGCUUACGUCACUUCUGCCUACAAACAGAAACUGCAGGAGCGGAUGGAGGCAGAGGAGAGGGAGAGACGAGAGGCGGCGCUUGAAGCUGCUUUGGACGUUAAGAAACAGAGAGAUCUGAGCGGCUUUUACAGACACCUGCUAAAUCAGACUGUAGGCGAAGAAGCAAUACCAGAUCGGACAGCAAACAAAACCCAGGAUUCAACCAUUUCAAAACCCACAGAGAGGACAUCACCUGUUCUCUCACCUGCAGCCCGUGACAACGUAGCUAGUUCAGGAAGUGACAGUGAAGAAGCGCCUGAGCAAAAGUGUGAGUUUAGCAAGCCUGGAGGAGGCUCCGCCCACAGCAAACGGCAAUACAGACAGCGGUCACCUUCAUCGAGCAGUGAAGACGGUGACAAAAGGAGGGAGAGAGACAGGAAAAGCCACAAAGAUCGUGAGAGAGACAGAGUGAGGGACCGAAGGAGAGACAGGGAAAGGGAUGAGAGGCAUGGGGGAAGAAGAGAUGACAGGGACAGAAGGAAAGACAGAGGAAGAGAGGACAAGCAUAAAAAGAGGGAGAGGAGUUCCAAAGAGAGAGAGAGGGACAAGGAUGGGGAAAGAGAGAAGAGGAGGAAUUCAGAGGAAGAAAAGCGUAAAGAUAAAGGUCAGGUUGAAGAGAAGAGAUUAAAGGACAAGGAGAAGGAAAAGGCAACACAGAAUGAAGAAAAUCACACAGAAAAGGAAGGAGGCAGAAAGAAAACAAAGGAGAAAGGAGGUGUAGAGAGAACAGUAGCAGAGAACAUAACUAAGUUUGCCAAGCGGAGCACGGAUCAGACUGUGACUUCAGCCAGAGAUCGAUACCUUGCCCGGCAAAUGGCCCGCUCUUCCUCUAAGAGCUACAUCGAAAAGGAGGAGGACUGAGACCCAAACAAACCACACAAGUCUCCAAAAAGCACACAGGUUUUAAGAGGAACCCUAGUGUUUUUUCAUCUUCGUCUUUUAUUUUUUGUUUUUAGAUGUUUUUGGGUACAUUUCAUUCGGGACAAAGAGUUUUAAUCAGUCCACUAUAUACAGCGAAAGCAAAAACCCUCAAAGUAAACCACUUCUGGUUGUCAUUGAUUUGGCGAAAAUGUCAUUUGAAGUGCCUGUUAGCAUGUUUAUCUCAGUAAGUGUAAAUAAACUUCAGAAUGACUGAUUAUACAGUCAGGGCCUGAUUUACUAAAGGUAUGCUUGUGUAAAAAUGUGCACAAGCAUCAUUGCACGCACAAAUACACCUGCAUGCUGAUUUACUAACUGCACA